UGCUUUUCCUGUGGCCCCCGCCUCCCAGGCGGGCCGCCCUCCUUCCUCCCUCGGCGGCACGGCGCGGCCGGCUCAGCGGGGGCGGGGGAGCCACCCCUGGCCAGUGCACUUGCUCGCCGCGUUGCAUCCUCGGUGGCUUCCCCCGAGUGAGCUCGGAGCGGGAUUUCUGAUGCCAUCGUCUCGUCCCGUCGCCACCCCACACCUCGCUACCGCCUUGUAGGGGGGCGGGGGCCAGGCGGUGCAGCAGGGCGCCCCCUGCAGCCGAGGGGCGCUCACCGCAGCCAUGAAAUAUACACGAGGCUCAGAGAGCUGAAGGCGCUUCCAUCACCUCCUACCUCAGCAGCAGCUCAGCCCCUGCCUCGCAGCCCGUCCUGCCUGCAGAGCAGGCGGGAGGCGAUCGCUCGGAGCAGACGCUUGCAAGGACAACCCACGUAAUGCCGUGUGGAACUUCCUGCUCCAGUCGUCUCCUCUCAGGCCCAUGUGACUGUGGCACCAUUUCAGCCAUUUUCAUUGUCCAGCGCACCCUUCAGUGAACAGUUUGAUGGAGAAUCGGUCGGAUGACAGCGGGAACUGUUGUUAUCACCGGUGGAAUACUAGCGACCGUGAUCCUACUGUGUAUUAUUGCGGUGCUCUGUUAUUGUAGGCUACAGUAUUAUUGCUGCAAGAAAGAUGAAUCUGCUGAGGAAGAAGAGGAGGAGGAGGAGGAGGAGGAGGAGGAGCCUGACCUUCCCACUCGCUCAUACCUUACAACCUGCAAUGCCUGCAACUCUCGCAUCGUGGACGGGCAGGGCAGCCCAGCACCACCACCCCACGAAUUUAACCAGCAGGGUGCUCGGAACUACUGCCCUACCUGUUCCCCCUACAGCUCGCCCUUUUACAUACGGACCGGUGACAUGGUGCGGAAUGGUGGUGAGAGGAUCACCUACAUGCCUGCGUGCUACAAGGAAAUGGGGCCACCCAUCAGAAUGGCAACCCUCCAGAGUUACCCGAUGACCCGCCAUGGCAUCGUCCAUGAGACCUUUCCAAACCCGAGGGCUAUUAGUACAGAUGUGUAAUCAGCAUUGUCACUAUCUCACAGGGUGCGCCAAUGAAAUGGCCAUUGCGGGGUGGAGGCUCCAUUUAUUUCAGUGGGGUUUCUUGCAAAGAAGAGGAACCCUUGAACGAACAUGAACAGCUAAGUCAGAGACCCAGCGUGGUCCUGAAGUUGAUCUGUCCAGAUCAUUGUAAGCUUUCGUGGGACAUUUGAAUGAAGAGCUUGAACGUGAUUUCUGAACCUAUCACAAGUGUAAUUAUUAUUCCACUGUAUCUACGGAAGGGACUUGUGUAACGAGGGCUAUGUACAGUAUGAACUAACUUAGUUAUCAAGACCCUUGUGACUCUCCUUACUCCCUUGAGUCCUUAAUGAGGUCUUUGGUGUCUACACUAAGCAAAUCCUACUUGUCACUUUCCAAGGCAAUACCACUGGCCUCCAGUAUGGAUGAACUGAGCGCAUUCAGCAAGAGCAAGACAUCAUACGGGGAGCUGUCGGCUCCAGCAAUGGCUGCGGCAUUAGAAAGGAGGAAGAGACAGAGAGGGUGAAGAUCCAGCCAGUGUGCCGGGAGUUCUAACACUCUUGCUUGAUGAAAGCUAAUGGAGAAGCAAAUAAACAGUUUGAUCAUUUUGUUCCCUUCAUAUCACGUUAGUUGCAAUUGAAUGCUAGUGUCUGUGUUAGAAUGCAAAAUAGGCUAACCUCUCCCUGGCUACUUUAGAUAAUUAUGAAGGGGAGAAAAGGGGACUAGUGAAAUUACUGACAUAUGCUAACAAUGGAGAUGAUCCUGCUGCUGCCAAAAAAAAAAAAAGCCCUUUAAUCUUCACAGGCUUUUUUUAAGAGUGAUUUAAUUUAGAGGCAUAAAAAGCGCAAGGUUUUAUUGAAAGAAAAAAUUGCACUAUUAAAGAAUGAAAGCUUUGAUCUUCUGCAGUGUGCAAAGCCCUGAAAGGCCCACUGCCAUCUUCUGGGAAACUGAGAAAUAGUCUGUUUAGGACUAAUUCUGCUUACAAUAGCAAUAGGAAUGGAAAAGAUCUACUAGAUCAUGACCACCAGUGGGAGGAAUCACACAGACAGGUCUUUAGGGGGCUCAUGAUUGCCUUUCCUUUCUUUGGGGCUAGAUUGGAGGCCCAAGCCUACUUUCUGGGGUAACAUGGGGUCACUGCAUGAAAAAUGUUGACAACCACUGAGCUAGACCAUCCAGUCCACCUCUCUGCAAAAUGGACAUGGAGAUUAUUUUUUACUCCAAUACCAAACUCGGUAAAAAUUACUAAAAAGGCGCAUCUGUCAUUCUGAUCCAUUUCCAUAGCAGCCAGCUGCAGGGUCCCCAACACGUGGUCCCGUGUGUGCAGGUGGAGAAUACAAAUUGGUUGCAGGUGAACCUAUAAAGCUAAGUUCCUGCUGCCACACAAACUUCCUUAGCGAUGAUCGCUAGAGUAUGGUUUAACACACACCCAUGCUAUUUAGGCAGCAUUAUUUAGAACUAUAAACUGUGAUAGAAGAAAUAGUCUAACUCCAUGAAAGGCGUUGGACUGACAGCCUUUAUAUUCUCUGUUCAUCCACAGUUGGGACAUGACAUGGUGCUGAGGCACAGCACUGCCCAGAGCUGCAGGCUCCACGUUAGUAGGGGAGACGAGGGUUCAGUCUUCAGGCCCAUUUGCUCUUUGGUGUCCCUGCUGAGACUGCCAGUGAGGGAGCAGAUUAGUGCCAAACGCGAUGGUGGUGUGUAUGACACAAGCGUCUCUCCAUCAGGAACCAACCCGUUUGGUGUAGAUGGUUUGAACGGCCAUUGGUCGCCUGCUGGUCUGUAUUUGAACCAAGGCCUUAAAACUGAAAGACUUCUCAUCCUGAUACUCCCUGGCUCCUAAGCCAUCCCAUCCUCACUGUGACCCCUAAAUAGCAUAUUCUCCAGUUCUCCCUCAGAUGGCAGUUGCCUCUUAAGUGUCCUCUUACGGACCCUGGGAGAAAAAGCCAGCUAAUGUUGGGAGGGCGGUAGUAGCAACAAAGGCCUCUGACCCGAAGUGUUCAAUAGCCCAUUGCUCCUAUUGGCUUCCUAUCCCAACCAGCACACUCCCCUGGUGAUACAGUGUCUGGCAGGGUUUUCCUUGGUCUAACUCAACAAGUCCUGUCCUUUCAUAUGCUAGUACCUGCUUUAGCUAGCCCUCCAGCCUGAACUUAACCCCACACGACCUGUGGUGGUCGAAGUGCAGCCCAUGAGCUAAACAGAGCACAAAGCUCUGCCUCUUUAAUAUGAAGGGACAGCCCACGGAGACUAACGGUCCCGGCAUGCAAUGCUGUCUCUUCCCAGUGAAGGUUGCUGGGAUCAAAGUUGUGCAUUAUAUGACAGGCUGUAGGCUCUGUGGGUCACACCUCUGUUAAAAGGGAAGAUAGCUGUAGUUUGCUCCAUUGUACACACAUUAAAUGUGACCCUUAGGCUUCUAGCAGGCUGAUGUGGCCCUGAGCUAAGCCAAGUGUACCCCAGUAUGAGAUUGGUAGUAUACCCCAGCUGAAGACCCCCAUCACUCAUGAAAUCCCAAAUACAUUUUGCAUGUG